AAUAAAAUUGUGACAGUUGAAAACAUUAAAUAGAUAGUGAAAGUUUUAAAGAAGAAAAAAAAAGUAAACAAACAUAAAAUGAAAGUAUUCGUAAUCGCCGUACUGGUAGCACAAAUCAUCCUUGCUACCGAGGUGCUAGAAAAGGAAUUAAAUGAAAACAAUCAGUUUUAUAAAAGCACGUUGAAGGAAUAUCUAGAUCAUUCGUAUACCUUUGCAGAACGUUUUGCUGGCAUGUGUGAGAAAGUGUUGGCGGAUUUGAAGCAACAUGAUGAGGGCUCCGCUUUUCAAUCACAAAAAGCCGAACUUGACGAUGUUCUACGCUAUGUGGCGGCAAUGAAAAGGAAUGAAAACGAGAAAACUUUAGCAAAUAUGCUUAAACUCCAUGAAAUUUUACUGAGUGCCGCUAAAGAAUUUAAAGAGACCCAUCAGGCCAAACAGACUCUUAUCCAUCAGCUGUUUGAAAAAUAUGGCGCUAAAGCUAUUGUCCAUGAUUUCCGCAAGGGUUUCGCCGAAUAUUUGAGAAAUUUCGAGACCAAUUUUGUAGAAUAUGAACAAAGCUUAAGCGAUGAGCAGCUGGAAAGUCAAGCAAAAUUAAUACAAUGGUUUAAAGAAUUCAAAGAGGAGCAAAGCUUUGCCAAGAAAUUUACCUCAUUUGUGACAUUCUUUAAAUUUUUUGCACCCGAUUUAUUAAAAAAUGAAUAAAUUUUAAUUAUAUUAAGUUGCGAUUUUUAAGU